ACCUCGUCGAGGAAGGACUGAGCUGCAUCCUCGCCCUUCCGACGCGUCGACGUCGUCUGCCGAGGUAUCCACUAUGUUCAAAGCAGCGCUGACACUCAUAUCCCUCGCUGCGAGCGCGCUCGCAUGGGACACCGUUUGCGCAGUGAAGCCCCUUGGUGGAGGACAGGAUGACGGACCGAACAUCAAUGCCGCGUUCGAGGAGUGCUCGAACAAUGCAGCAAUCAUCCUCGACGGAUACUACAGUGUCAACACCUUGCUCCUGGCGGAGGGCCUGAGUUAUGUUGACAUUGUCUUGAGCGGAACAGUGCAAUACACGCCUAACAUCGCUUACUGGUCCCCGAACAGUCUGUAUUUGACUUUCCAGAAUGCGACAACUUUCUGGUUCUUGUCCGGAGAGUAUAUUCACCUCUACGGCGGCGGUACGAUUGAUGGCAACGGGCAAGUAUGGUGGGACACGUUCAAUACCACUGGGAACUCGGGUACUGCUGGCGGCUCGUCUAGGACCUUCGCCCGGCCGAUUCCACUUACCGUCGGGAAUGCAUCGCACGUCAUAGUUGAGGAUAUCACUGAGAUUGGCUCGCCGUUCUGGAACAACUUCGUGUAUCAGAGCACAAAUAUUACCUACAGCCGUAUCAACAUCAGCUCGGUGUCGUAUUCAAGUGCUCCGACGGCAAACUCAGACGGGUGGGACAUAUAUAGGUCCUCAUAUGUCACUAUUCAAGACUCCACUGUCAAUAACGACGAUGACUGUGUCUCUUUCAAGCCGAAUUCGACCAACAUGGUCGUACAGAACAUGUGGUGCAAUGGCUCGCACGGCAUUUCCGUCGGCAGUCUCGGGCAGUACGCGGGCGAGACUGACAUCGUCGCAAAUGUGUUCGUGAACAACAUUACAAUGCGUAAUGCGGAGAACGGUGCACGCAUCAAAGUGUUCGGUGGUAGCCCCUACGCCAACAGUACCGCGGGUGGUGGCAGUGGAUACGUGAAGAACAUCACCUUCCAAAACUUCUACGUGUACAACGUCGACAAUCCGAUGUAUCUCAACCAGUGUUACUCGACGCCUGCGGCCACCUGUGAGGAGUAUCCGAGCACUCUCUCUAUCUCCGAUGUCCACUACAUCAAUGUGACGGGGACCUCGUCCGGCGAAGAGGGCAGCGUCGUCGUCGACCUGGAGUGCUCAGCCGAAUGCGAGGACAUCACGGCGACUGGCACGCAGUUGACCGCGCCGAACGGCACCGCGACGUACGUCUGCGCGAACAUCGCAACCUUGAACGAGCUUGACUUCAACUGCACUGCGCCUUCGUAAGCGCUGGGCGCGCUGUGACCGUAUAUCUGGAACAGCAUGGACGUAAAAAGACUCAGGCUACUUAGGCUACGACAGAAUGAUGAGACACAGUACGAGGUCUGAUUGCAGAGAUGUUUAAUGCAGAGAAGGCUUGCACGAGGCGCCCUGCAAUGAUGACUAGUGCUACUGUACUUGGUUGGUCCAUCGAGGCCACAAUUCGGUAACCUGAUAUGUACUGACACAGAACGUCAGGCUUAGUACGCCGCACCUGGUGAUCGUACUUUGCACCAUCCGCUGCGCUACUGGUUAUGAGAGCCCACGGAGGUAUCAAUACCGUCGUGCUUCGAGAAGUCCACCAAUGGUGCACCAAAACAGCGUCUCGUGCUGCCGCUGGUCGCGGAGACGGUUAUUACUCGUAUACUAAAGCAGAUCCGGUGAAUUCGUUUGCACCUGUUUGG